AUGAACAGACGCGAUGCAGUUAGUGCUGCAGUUGAUGCUGCACAGCAGCAGCAGCAGCAGCAACAGCAGCUGGAAGCUCUUACACUGCAAUACAUCCUUCACCGCCUCUUUGGCUUCCUAGAGGGACCCUUGCAGCUGCAACAGCAGCAGCAACAGCAGCAACAGCAGCAACAGCAGCAGCAGCAGCAGCCACGUGACUGGCAUCUGGCAGCAGGUUUGCAGCAGCAACUGCUGUCAGGAUAUUAUCUCUUUGUGCUUCAUAUUCAUUUAUUGAAGACGGGAAGACAGCAGCAACGCAGCAGCAGCGCAGCAGCAACGCAGCAGCACUGCAGCAGCACAACCCCCAAGUGCACAUACACCCCGCCAGGCCCGCAGCAACUGCAGCAGCAGCAGCAGCUGCUGCUGCUGCAGGAAUAUCAAAGUAAAAGCGAGCAGCGAGAACGUGACAGCAGCAGCACGGGGGGAGGGGGGCGGCAGGAGCAACAGCAACAACAGCAGCAGCAGCAGCAGCAGCAGCGACGCUGCCGAUUCACAGCAGCAACUGCAACGAGAGCAGCAGCAGCAGCAGCAGCACCAACAACAACAACUUGCUUACAACUCCUGUAG